AUGGGAUCGGUCCUCGUCAAUCAUCCGCGAUCGGAGUACAUGGAUACCUCCUACACAAUGCUGGGGGGCGCCAUCACUUCUUCGGAAUCCGUCUAUCGAUCCUCGUCUCAUCACCAGGCCUCUCACCACCCGUCGUCACACCUGGAGACCGGCAGCUCUAGGUCGGCCUCGUCCAAUACCACCCCCACCUCGUCCACAGCCCCGCCAUCAACAUCCGCCGCCGGCUCUGCUCGCCUACCCUCCCACCCAACCCAUGAUGUACCGGCUUAUAUCAACCGGCCCUCUCACUCCAGUUCUCAACCCUCCACGCGGGCGUCUUCAGCCACUCCGGGAUCAGCCUACACCCACCCUCACCCUCCAUCAGCCUCAAUGACCUCGACCACCACCUCCAGCCAUCCAUCGCGCCCGGACUCUCUUUCUCAUCCCGCAACACACCCGUCUCACCCCACCAGCGGUGGCCACCAUGCAACCGCGGCGGUACCUACCUCGGUGCCGCACCCGGGCAGCCAGUCAUCACCAACAUCGCCCCAGCUGAGACCAACUUUUCAGUCCCUGCGAUCGCUGGGGGGAUCCGAGGCGAACUCGCCGAGUCGGAUCAAGGUCCGGGAUCUGUCACACAUCCAAAGCUUUGCUAGUGAAGAGUUCUUAGCGCAGAAGGAUCGGGCGCCGGGGCAGUGGACACAAGAGCGCCAGUACGAGAUUAGCUCCAUGCCGGUCACGGACAUAAUCGAGAUGGUUGCUGGGCUCCUGAUGAAGAUCACGACCACCAACGAUGCGCAUCAUGAAUCCGUCCAUCGUCACAUCCCUCCGCCCGACGGCACAACCAGUCUCAGCCCACAAGCAACAAGUGUUCUUGCAUUCCAUGGCAAAAACAUCCCGAGCAUUAGUAUACUCAGCUAUUUGACUAGGAUACACAAGUAUUGUCCUACCACCUAUGAAGUCUUCCUCAGUCUGCUGGUAUACUUUGACCGUAUGGCUGAGCUGGUCAAUAAGGGUCAACUCGAGCGAUUGCGGCGUCGCUGGGACCGUCCGGCUGGUGGCGAUGGUACUAGAUCCUCAUCGUCUGAGCAAUUGACAACCCAAUCGAUGCACGCCUCGCCCAUGGUCACCCCACCUUCUUCAGCUGUGAUAGCUGCGCAAGACCCGUCAACACCGUCCUCGGUAUCACCCUCUCUGAAUCCGCAAGAAGACGAAGAUCAGCUUUCCCAUUUUUUCGUUGUCGAUAGUUUCAAUAUUCACCGGCUAGUCAUCGCGGGCGUGACUUGUGCCAGUAAAUUCUUCUCUGACGUCUUCUAUACUAAUUCUCGCUAUGCAAAGGUUGGGGGACUCCCACUGGUUGAACUCAAUCAUCUUGAACUUCAAUUCUUGCUGUUGAACGACUUUCGCCUGUCGAUUCCUGUCGAAGAGCUCGAGGCAUAUGGAACCAUGCUUGUGGAGUUUUACGCUAGAGAGAUUGUUGCCCAGCAGCAACAGCAACUUUCCCAACCUGCGAUUCCGCGUUCAAUAAACCCUUCCACGGCGCCCGAUUCCCAAACAGAAGGGAUGUACAUGCGCACUCGCGAGAAGCAUCGGUCUGAUCAUCCCGAAAUUCAGCAAACACCUACACCGCCCUAG